AUGGCUUCUAGGAAGUCCAGUUCUGACUUUCAUGGGCCCUUCAUUUACCUUGAUGAUGUCCCAUUCAAGAUUGGAGACAAGUUUAAAGCCCCAGCUAAAGUUGGCCUACCCAUCAGCUUCUGCUUGCCUGACUCGCUGCAACUUGGAAGGGAAGCUCAGUAUGACUUCUCCCUGGAAAGGAGGACCAUUGAGUGGGUUGAGGACAUCAAGAGGAUCCAGACCGCCCAGCAAGAGGCUGAAUGGAAUGCCGAGGAGGCCCUAGUCAAUUCCAAGGCAGCCCUGGAGGAGCAGAGCCAAGCGGGCUUCUCUGAGGGCUGCUGUCCUUGGGCUGCCAUGCCACCUCCCAUCAACCCCAUCCUUGCUAGCCUGCAGCACAACCACAUCUUGACUCCGACCCCAGCCAGCAACAGCACCCUGCAGCAAAAGGCCCUGAGCCCACCCCACGCAAAGGCCGACUUCAACCAAGCAGAUUUUGAGUGUGAGGAAGACCUCUUUGACAAGCUGAAAUUAAAAACAAUUGAUGACAAGGAGGAGCUGAAGAACAUUCUGGAGAUCCAUGUGGGUACCACGGGACAGAGAGUUGCCCAACUGCUAGACAACAGUAUGCCCAAAGGAACUCCUGAGUCUGUAUUGCAGGACCAGGAAGUUCUAGCCACACUGGACCUCAAGCCCCUCCACAAACCAAAUGCUCUUAUUGCUUUGCCACAGCUGGGGGGCUGUAAAAAGAUGUCCCUGUCUUCCAAAGUGUCCCUCUCUCCAUCUGUGAGCAAUAUCAAAUCUCUCUCCUUCCCAAAGCUCGACUUGGAUGAGAGUGACCUGCCAACAGCAAAGCUCACGAUUGCAUACUGCAAUGCUGCCUGCCUCUGCAACGGCACUUUUCUCCGCUCUUUACAGAGCAGAGCUAGUGAACUAAAUGGGCACCACAUGGCUGGGCUGUCCGACUUAAAUGUGGACAGUGGCCCAGAGACACAGACUUUAUCCUCAGUGUCUAGACUGCCUUCCCAGCCCACCUCAGUAGCAUGUACAGAAGAAACUCCGACAUUCAAUACAAGUACAGUGGUAACUCACCAAAGUUUCUUGACAUCUAAAGUGCCCAGUGCCACCAGCUGUGCAAAAUGGCUCAGCAGACCCCUGUAUGAAGAAGAUUUGCAGGCCCUUUCCUCCAGCGAGCGGCAGUGCAUUGAGACUGUUGUCAACAUGGGCUACUCCUACGAGGAUGUCCUGAAAGCUAUGAAGAAGAAGGGGCAGAGCAUAGAACAGGUUCUUAACUAUCUGUUUGUCCAUGGACAGCUCUGUGAGAAGGGCUUUGAUCCACUCCUCAUAGAAGCUGCUUUGGAAAUGCAUCAGUGCUCAGAGAAGGAGACAACAGCACUUCUCCAGCUAAUGAAUGUACUGACUUACAAUUGUUGUGCAGGCAGAAUAAUCUUCCAACUGGUAGCCGGCUUGAUGAUUUAG